GGAGACGCUGACGCCACCAAGACCGCACCAAGUGCUUAAGGAAUGGUAAACGUUACCAGGUAACGUCAGUUCAGGUAGAGCGCUCGAGUUGGUCGGUUGUCAGUCGCGCGUUGCCACCAAGAGAUCCGGAGCGGCAGUGGAAACAGAUCAGAUAUCAGAGGCUGGAACCGAUCCCGAAAGAUACGUUCCGUGUAACUCCCGUCGAUCGUGAAGUGUAGUGCCAAGACCCAAGAUACGUUCAACACAUAGAACACCCCAAGUGCCCAAGUACAGCCAAUAACCCAAGAAUCGGAGAAUCACCAUCCAUCCAGCCAACACACACAGCUUCAAAAUGGAAUACCGGUGCUUAAGUAGAAGUUCUGUCAAACACCUAACGGCUCUCUGCGUCAUCACCGCAUUCACCUGCGCCAACGCGGCUCUGUGGCCGAGCUACAGCAGCGACGAUGCGCCUAGCCGGUGCGCCGGGGGGCGUGGCCUGAAGUACCUGUCCGGCGACGCGCUCACGGACUCGCCCGACUGUCUGGGCCCCAACAAUGCGCCGUAUCCCAGUGCGGCCGUGGCGCGUACAUUCUCCAACUGGAACGGAAACUCGCGACGUGGCCGCCAGAGCAAAUUGCCUAGCACGCUGGACCCCGCCAUAACCACCAGUGCUCUGCUGAGGGCCUACGACGAGGUGAACAACGAGGCCGUCGGAAGCAGUCGCUACGGUCGCUCGCUGAAGAACGCCACGCCGGCGCACCAGUGCAAGAGUGAGACGCCGGCCCGGCUCUGCAAGACCCGCUACAACACCACGGCGCCCAUGUACGGCGUGAGUCUCACCUCCGGCCAGCCCGUGACCAUUGUCCAGAAGUUCCCCGAUCUUUUGCAGCAAGUGGUCUUCGAAGUGUGCGAAUCCUCCGAGUGCGAUGUGGUUCGGGGCGAGUGCACGCAGACCUAUGUUCCCUACCUGUUCCUGGUCAUCCCUCUUGGACCGGUGACGCUGACUGGACAGGAUUACGUGCUGGUGGAGAGCGGAUGCGUGUGCAAGCCGAAGUACUCGACAGGAGCUGCCCAGGAGCCCAAUAUGAUACCUUAGGAGUGGGGCGGGGCACUAACAAAAAACCCCCCACCCACCAGGAACACCAACAGCAACCAAAAGAACUGAGCGAGUUUUGGGUCGGAGCGGAGCUGCGCUGGCUGGCUAAAUUAAUGUGUACUUAAACGAGGAAUUAUUUUUUGUAGCGAAAUCAAUUUUGCAAUGUUAUUUAAUGUUUCCCCAUCUCUCAUACCCCUUUUCAUCCCCUCUCAGCUGUAUAAAAUUGAAAUGCAAUUUUGCUCAAAAAAUAA